GAAAUUAAGGCAAUAACAAAACGCAACCAAACGGCUGUCAUGUGUCAAAUACGAAUUGACUUGAGCUUGAGAGAAUUAAUUGUAUGUGAACGUCAAUCAUGUGAGAACGAUAAAUAUUUAAUGCGAAUCUAAUUAAGUUUAUGAGACAAAAUGAAUCACGACGACAUAAAAGCGGUGGUGCAAGAGAAGUUUCUGUCGAGCGAAAGAGUUACAGCAUUUUUAUGCGACGCCAAAGUCUUGCAGCCGGAAUGGGUAAACAAGGACAGAAUAUUAGCUAUCGUCGAGUACGGAGACGAGAAGGCGGUGUUCUGCCUGUACACGUCGUGCUACCCACCUAAAUCUUUCACGGAUUUAUCUAUAGAAGUCGUACUACCCAUAGACAGCAGUUUCAAAUGCGAAAUAGAUAACAAGCCUUCUGACCCUGAAGCAGUACUGUACCUGAAUCUCCAGUCUCGUAGUAAUAAGUACAAGUUUGAGAUCGAAAUGACCCCGCGCGUCGAUAACUUCGUUGAUGAUCUCUUUAGAGGGAUAGAAGCUGUGAACAAGGUGCCUAGGCAGCCAGAGUUUGUCUGGCUUAAAAAGUAUAGUGGAAAAAAUGAUGAGGAUAUUAUCGCUGAGAGUAUGGUUGUUCCUCGACGUAACGUCGCGCACACGCUUAAUUCUGCGCCUGUUGCCAUCCGAGAAAGCUUAAUCAAGAGAAGGAUGUCGGACAAGGAAGCAGACUACACAUUUACUAAACAAUUUACUGUGUUUUGUGGAACUUGGAAUGUUAAUGAUAAAGCUCCUGUGAUUCCCUUGAAGGGAUGGCUGUGUGUGGACAAGGAGCCUCCGGACCUGUACGCUGUGGGUUUCCAAGAGCUUGAUCUGUCUAAAGAAACAUUUCUCUUUGAUCAGACAAUCAGGGAAGAUGAGUGGUAUGCGGCCGUAUUAAAUUAUGUUGAUCCAAGAGCUAAGUAUGUAAAAGUUGAAAAGGUGAGACUUGUUGGCAUGUUGUUGAUAAUCCUUAUAAAGGAAAAAUAUAUACAUCAUGUCAGGAAUGUUGUGUGUGACACAGUAGGAACUGGUAUCAUGGGAAAGAUGGGGAACAAGGGAGGAGUCGCUAUUAGAUUUGAUCUGCACAGUACUUCCUUGUGCUUUGUGAACUCCCAUUUAGCUGCACAUGUUGAAGAAUACGAGAGGAGGAACCAGGACUUCAGGGACAUCUGCAACAGGAUGAGGUUCUCACAGCUAAACCAGCAAGCAAAAGCCAUCAAAGAUCAUGACCAUAUCUACUGGUUAGGUGAUCUAAACUAUCGAAUUACUGAACUAGAUCCAACAAGUGUGAAAAAGUUGGUGGAUGAACGGAACUUUGUCACCGUCCUUGAGUUUGAUCAACUGAAACAACAACACAAAAACAAUCAGGUCUUUGUGGGAUAUACAGAGGGUACUAUCAAUUUCAAGCCCACUUACAAAUAUGAUCCUGGGACUGAUAACUGGGAUUCCAGUGAAAAAAACAGGGCUCCUGCCUGGUGCGACAGAAUAUUCUGGAGAGGAGAGAAUGUGACUCAACUGGAAUACCGAAGCCACCCGGCUCUCAACAUCAGUGACCACAAACCUGUCUCUGCUAUAUUUAACUCUUUUAUCAAAAUUAUUAAUGAGGAUAAAUAUAAAAAGGUGUACGAGGAAGUUAUUAAACAACUUGACAAACUCGAAAAUGAACUCAUUCCGCAGGUAAAAGUUGACCAGACUGAAAUUGACUUUGACACAGUCAGAUACCUAGAGCUCCAAGUACGAACCAUCACUAUAACUAAUAUAGGAAAGCUGCCUGUGGAAUUUGAAUUCAUUAAAAAGUUGGAUGAGACAAGCUUCUGUAAAGACUGGCUGAUAGUGGAGCCAUAUAAGAAAUGCAUAUGUGCAGAUGAGGCAUGCGAAAUUCAACUUAAAGUACUUAUAAAUAAGACUUCAGCUUGCAAAAUGAAUGCAGGGACUGAUAAAUUGUAUGAUAUCCUGGUGUUGCACUUGUAUGGCGGGAAAGAUAUCUUCAUUACAAUCAAUGGCACAUAUCAGAGGAGCUGUUUUGGUUGUUCCAUUGAAGUUCUUGUGAACCUGAACAUGCCCAUUCGUGAGGUGCCUUUGGGUAAACUGAUUGAGCUUGAAAACAAAAGGGAUCAAUGUGUUUCUAACCAGUCAACAUAUUCGAUACCGAAAGAGAUCUGGUUUUUAGUUGACCACAUAUACUUGCAUGGCUUAAAAGAACCAAACCUGUUUGAACAGCCUGGUUUACACAGUGAGGUGUUACAGAUCAGGGAUUGGCUGGACAGUGGUUCGGUGGAUCCUAUUCCGGGCAGUAUCCACUCUGUAGCAGAAGCGCUAUUAUUACUACUAGAGAGCACUGCAGAUCCCAUUAUCCCGUACAAUCUACAAGCUGCCAGUCUCCGAGCUUCCGCAAACUAUUUACAAUGCAAGCAGAUAAUUUUAGAACUACCUGAAUUUAGGAAAAAUGUCUUCUUAUACUUGUGUGAGUUUUUACAAGAAGCACUUCAACACAGUGCCGAGAACGGUCUUGAUUCGAAGACACUAUCAACUCUGUUUGGGGCGAUAUUUCUAAGAGACAACCCUAACCAAACCCAGGAGCCUCAGUCGAGGAUAAACAAGCAAAUUAUUGACAAGAAGAAGGCCCAAUUUGUUUACCAUUUCUUGGUAUAUGACCACAGUGACUUAAUAUUUUCUAGAUAAUUUCUCUGACUCCCUUGAAGAGUAUAUGGCGCCAAAUUUGUCAUAAGGAUGUUACACUAUGCAGUAUACCGACUCAAUCCCUUUUCGGCUAUGUAUCUAUCAAGAUACUUAUUUGUUUAUGUAUUUUUGCACAUAAUUAUUUUUGUCUAUUUGGCGCAAACGAAGCAAAACUCACGCCUCUUUAUAUUUAUGAAGAAAAGCAAUAUGGGACACUAAAGUCAGCGUCUUAGCAAACAGACUAUUGCUGCUGCUCCGGUGUGCGAAUGAGACAUUGCUUUAUACGGCUUUAGCGCUGUCAAUUUCAUGGUGUGUAUCUAAAACGCAUUUGUAUGAUUGUUAUUUUAACAGCCCAUUUGGCCUCGUACAUACGGGAUUAAUUAAUUAAUUGGAUUGAAUUGAAUGUCAUUGCUCUAGUUGUGUUGAUACAUUGCAAUGUGGGACUAGCCAUUAACAGUAUAAUUCGCAUUCGCCAUUUUUCCAGAGAAGAGAAAUGAUGAUACUUAUUUAAAAACACUACUUUUAUUAAAAAUUUAUUUCUCUUUCUCAAGAAUGUUAAACCGAGUUCUUAGGGCCUAAUGUGAACCUGUAGGCUUAGCACAGGAGCGCAGCGACAAGAAUAAAAGAAGCGAGAAGAGAGAUAAGACUACCUCCCUCUGAUUAAUACAGUUAGUCCAUCUCGCGCGCGAGAUACUGUCGCGGCGAUCCUGUACUAAGCCCACUGGUGGUUUGCUAGUAUCAUUCUUGUGACGAGAUAACUGCAGAAUGUAUAUGUGACGUUCCAUGACGAAAGGUACAUUAUGGCGGUUGGCGCUUACUAAUGUAAUGCGGUACUACGCAACGUAAGCGCCGACCACUAUAAGGUACCUUACGUCGUGGAACGUCACAUAUCACCAACUGGAUUUGUGACGUCUUUACCGCGCUCUUGGGUUAUAUAAGUAUUCAAAGAGAACAGAAUAUUUAAUUAGUGUUCUAUUUUAAAUUAUAACUAGUAUUAGGAAAAUUCUUUUCCAUGUGAUUCAUUCUAUUUAUUCAAAUACUCAACAUGUUUCCAUUAUUAUUUAGAAUAUUAAUUUAUUUUUGUAAUUAGGAAUAGUAAUAAACUUUUUGAUGUAAAUUUAACAUGUUGACAUUAUAGAUGUCGCUAGGCGAUUUACUAAAAUCUGGUUCUUCUUAGUGCAUAAAUGCAUUUUUACUGUUUUUAACUUUUUAUACACUUCAUUUCCUAUAACACAAAAUUAUGUUAAAGAAUAUUUUGUAAUAAAAUUGUCAUAUUAAUUAAGAGUCUUAGAAACAUCAAAACAGUAUUAACAGUCUUUAUAUUAUAUAAACAUCACACAAACAUGCAGAAUUACCAGCAUUUUAUAUGAAUAUUUAUCAUAAAAAAAUAUACAUUAGUACUUUUAUAGUAUCACAAAAUAAAAUGCAUUAAUGCAAAAGAUAAAAAAUUGUUUAUUCAAGUAGGCAUAUUACAAUGCGCUUAUGAACGUCAAAUAAACCUUUACCGGCUCCAACCGUACACCUCUGCCCCGAGAAGAUUUAAAUCCCCCCUCAAUUGGAGGAGGGUAUCCCAAUAUGGGACCGGCAACAAACUCGGCGGGACACAUCUUUUCAAAACAUUAUUACAUCUUAUAAUUAACAUGCAUUACGAGUAAUUAAGAAAAAUACAAUUUAAAUUACUAUAGAAUUCAUGCAAUUAUACUCAGUGAGUACAUAACUUUAUACAAAUACGUAGCUCUUUCAGAAAACAUAUCAAAUUCUUACAAAAGGAAAAGAAAAUAAAAUCAAUAAAAGAAAUGAGAAUACAUAUUAUAUGAAUCUGACUGAUUCUUAUGAGAUGCUUUCAUACAAUUUGAUGUGCUUUCUUACCUGAGCUGAGUCACCUUUAACUCUACACAAAUUAAAUGUAAUGCAUUUAAUAUAUAAUAUCUGGUCUCUCUUACGCAAAUCAUUUUAGUUUAUUGUCAACUAUAGUUGUCUGCAACAUUAUGGGUUAUUUAGACCUAGUGGAAGUGUGCUUGGCCUAUAACCUAAUAAUAAAAAACAUACUUGGUCCUCGACAGACUUAUUAAAUUAAACUGUGACAAGUUAGUAAAUGAAUAUCGACAGAUGGCGCCAGUAGUUACACAUAAUUAUUUAUAUUUUUUUAAAUAUAUGCACAUUUGUACCUACAACUUUACGUACCUACAACUUUUUCACACCGUGACACUUAAAAAAAUGUAAUUACUUUUGUUGUUAAAUAUUUCUCAGUCUUCACGAUACACAAUUCAUACUUCACGACGACACGAUAAACUCUUUGAUUUAGGGCUCUUUUCCAAAAUAAAUCUUGUUAAUAAACUAUUUAAGGACUCAUUUAGCUUAGCAUCGAUAGUUAUAGCUGAUUUUCAUCAUCUUUAUUUAUUAUGUUACAAAUAGGUACAUAUUAUGAUUUCUUAUUGUUUUAAUUGGUGGUGGAGUACUAUCUAUACGAUACAGAAUUUUAUUUUGUGUCACUGUUAAUAGAUGGCGCUACCGGAAAAGGUAAAUUCAUAGGAUAAAUCGUCAGGUGACAACCAAAAUUCACUAACUACCACCACAACUUCAUAGCCAUAGUGAACCAUAUUAGUACUGUAAUAAGGUUGAUUUUUGUUUAUUUUUUUUUUGGAAUUAGUGAGUUUUGGUUGUCACCUGACGUAAUUUGUUUAGUGAUUUAGUACAAUGACAAAUUAAUUUAAUAGUCAUAUUUAAGUAGCAUUGUAGGUACCUGUUUAAGGGUCAAUAUUGUUUAUCUAUUAGUUUGUGUUAGCUGAGCUCUCAUUGCGUGAAUUUUUAUUUAGGAAGUCUUUGUACAUAUUAUUUUUAAUAUCCAUUAUUUAAUUAAAGUUUAUGAUAAUUUUCGAAUAAUUUAUAGGAAUAAUCGUAAAGAAAACGGGGUUUACAAACUUGUAGAUAAUUCGCAGGUGGCCAAAAUUGGAACUAACUCUGUACCAUACAAAUUUUACAUUGGCCAUUGAUAGCAGCGCCACGGCCGCGUGCAAAUAGGAACUUACAACGAAAUUAAUGUAGUCAAUAAAUUAUUAAAAUUGUGUUUGUAUUGUAUCUGAGGGUGGUAUUCCACCUGCCCAAUCUGUAUUUUGUCUGACAUUUUGCUUAAUGAGACAAUGAGACGCAAUGAGAUUAGACAGAUGGAAUACCACGCAUAUCGUUGUUAUGUAUACGUUAAUUACUUUAAGAGCUUAUUUAGCAUUUAUCAGAUUUUUUAAUUUACCUAAACUAAAAAAAGUUGUGGAGGUGAUAAAGGCAUUAGGUAUACUUUCAGUUUGAGUUGGCUAUUGCAAAAUUGACAUAUUCUGAAUGAAUAUCUGACCUUAUUUAGUAUUGAAGUGCCACAGAAAAGUAUUGAAUGCAUGUGUGUGCUACCGUAAACUCUGGAAUUGAUUCAUCAUCAUCAUAAUCACAGAGCUAAGAGACGUCGUCUAGCUAGACUGUGGAUAUCAUUACAAAAAUUAAAUUCAUUUUGAUGUAAUAUCAUAAUAUUGUCCAUACCAUGAAAUGUACUAUAGAAGACUUGAUUUAUUAUUUGUACUUAUCAAAUGGACGGAGAACUAGCCCCGGAAAAUGGUACUUACAUGAUAUAAGAGAGCAACGAAAUCCACCACCGAUAAACAGCUGCCAGAUGCCUAUAUCCAAUAAUUAGCAUAAUAGUGUAACUAACCGUCACGUUUCGUUGCUCUUAUUUUCAUGUACACCCGGUCGCAAAAUUUUGAAUUCAUUCGUAAUGUGUCCAGCAUUCAAUUAUGCAGCUCGCCGUACUAUAGAUGGUCAAGCAAAUCUUGUCAGUAGAAAAAAGCGCGAAAUUCAAAUUUUGUAUGCGACGAUAUCCCUUCGCGCCUGCAUUUUUAAAUUUGCCGCCUUUUUCUACUGACAAGAUCUGCUUGACCAACUAUAAUAUCGGGGCUACCUCUUAAAUAUAUUAAAAAAGGGAACUGCCUGUGGGUGUACUUUCUUUUUACCUUAGUGUAGUUAAAAGGGGAUAAAAAAAAAGAGAAGCCAUAUCUAAACGGCGACGUUCUAAAAGUAGAUUCGGACCUAAAAUUACUUAAUGUGGAAACAUUACGUGUUUAUUACAGAGGAUGUAAAAUCUGGCCAGUAGCCUAAAGCUUAAAGUAGUUUUCUAUGUAAUGUUGAAUGUAAUAGAAUUUGAAACGUAUACCGACUUUCCAUUAUUUAUACGAAUGCCAAAUAAUUAUGUAAUCAGUAAAAUGCACCAAGUUACUUAUAAACUGUACUAUUUUAACAACGUAUACUAUUAAUAUAUCGUGCUAAACUGUUGUUUAAUAUAUAAAAUUAUUUAUUUAGAACUAGAAA